AUGAUGUUCAUCUUUGCAAUAAUUCUAUCCUAUAUCGGCUAUGGGAAUACUAUUCAGCUACGAACAAACUUAGAAUCACCCACAGUAAUCCCUAUGCAAAAGGGCGAAAAGGGUGAAAGAGGACCGCCUGGACCACCUGGUGAGGUUUAUCAAAUGUUAAGUGUGGUACCUAGGGCCAGUGUAGCAGCAGCUACUGUUGAUAACUCAACCAACGUUACUGUGGGAAUUAAAGGUAAUAAAGGACAAAAAGGACAAAUCGGCCCGGAAGGACCUCAAGGUAUAGCAGGUAAUCAAGGUUCUGCAGGACCGCAAGGCUUGCAAGGAUUAACUGGACCUAAGGGAGAGAAAGGAUCUCGAGGUGAUACUGGUAUUCAAGGCAUUAAGGGUGACAUUGGAAGCAUUGGUAGUAUUGGAGAAGAAGGGCCUUAUGGUCGUGAUGGUUCACGAGGUCCAAUAGGAACAAAAGGUAAUACUGGCCCAAUAGGAUUGCCGGGACCUCCAGGCCCUGGACAAGGUUUUGGUCCUCCUGGAGAUCCAGGCGCUAUAGGUCCAAAAGGUAAUGUUGGACCUCGUGGAUUGCCAGGACAGCGAGGUCCUACUGGAUCUAAAGGUGCAUCUGGAGCAUCUGGCCCUAUUGGACCUAAAGGAACGAAAGGAGAACCAGGUCAAUCAGGAAUGGACGGUAGCAAUGGACAGGUUGGGCAAAAAGGUGAGUCAGGUCCUUCCGGGGAGAAAGGAAAUACUGGACCAGUUGGAGCUUCAAUACAAGGGCCUCAAGGUGAUCAGGGUCCUCAAGGAGAUUCUGGAGCAACUGGUGAAAAGGGAAGCCGUGGGCUUCAAGGUUUACCUGGAAUAAGUGGCGGAAGUAAUUCAACGGUUGUACAAGGCCCUCCUGGAAUAUCAGGACCUCCAGGUAGAGCUGGUGACCCUGGAGCAACAGGCCCCAAAGGUGUACCUGGUCUACCAGGAUUAAUUGGGCAAAAAGGAGAUGCUUGCAUGGCCUGCCCAAUCCCUGAGAAAGGAGAAAAAGGUAGCUUAGGCACAACUGGAGAUAUCGGCCCACCAGGUUUAAAUGGAACUCAAGGAGCAGCUGGAGUAAAUGGCAGCAAGGGAGAUAAAGGAGAGAUAGGACAACGUGGACCAAAAGGAGAGCCAGGUUUGAAAGGUAACAAAGGUGAUCCUGGACAAGAUGGAGCAAAAGGUGAUAAAGGUGAAUCAGUUAAAGGUCAAAAAGGUCAAAAAGGUUUACCUGGACAGAAAGGAGAUACUGGCAUUACUGGAGAUAAAGGAUCAAUUGGACCUGACGGAACUAAAGGAGAUACAGGCACAACUGGUAGUAAGGGUGAAAAAGGUCAACAGGGAUUUAAAGGUGACAUAGGCUUAACUGGAGAAAAAGGACAAAAAGGAAAUAUUGGUCCUACGGGUAGCAAAGGUGCAGCAGGUGUUAAUGGUACCGAUGGUUUUGGACCAACUGGUGAUAAAGGUGAUACAGGUAUUCAAGGUAUAACUGGAACAUUGGGAGAAAAAGGCCAAAAAGGUGAACCUAUCGUAUCAACAGCACAGAAUAAAGGAGAAAAAGGUAUCAAGGGCGAAAAAGGUAUAUCCGGUAUUAAAGGAGAGAAGGGAACGAAAGGUAGUAAAGGCGAUCAAGGACAAACUGGAAAUACUGGAGCUAAGGGAGAGCCUGGCAUAGCAGGAACUAAGGGAGAAAAAGGGCCUAUUGGACCACCGGGAAAUUCAUCGGUAGUUGUUGGUCAAACGGGUGAUCAAGGAGCGAAAGGAGAUAAAGGCGAUAUAGGGCAAUCAUUGCAAGGGCCUAAAGGAGAACCCGGAAAUACUGGCAUCAAAGGUAAUAAAGGUGACAAAGGAGAACAACCUGGACCGAAAGGAAAUAAAGGAAACCAAGGUUUUAAAGGUAAUAAAGGCCAGAAAGGAGACCGAGGUGAACAAGGCUUUGCAGGUGAUCCAGGACCCAAAGGCGAAGCUGGUUCUAAAGGAGAGCCUGGGUUACAUGGUAGAGAGGGUAUUGAUGGAACUAAAGGUACUAAGGGUGAUAAAGGUAAUCCUGGUCCAAAAGGUGUUGCAGGAGACAAGGGAGAUAAAGGCCAAGGUGGCCUUAGUGGAGAUAAAGGGAAUAAAGGAUCGAAAGGAAGUAAAGGUGUGCAAGGAUUUAAAGGAGACAAAGGUGAUCGGGGACUUGCUGGCUUUCCUGGAGCUAAGGGUAGUCGCGGCACGGACGGCUUAAAAGGAGAAAAAGGAGAUAUCGGAGACCGUGGCGUGAAAGGUGAUACAGGUGCAAAAGGAGAAAAAGGUCCGCUAGGUGAGACUGGCUUACAAGGUGCGGCUGGCCCGAAAGGAAGCAAAGGUCUAACAGGAGAAAAAGGAUUUGCUGGUCAGCCUGGGAUACCAGGAAGACCUGGAAGCAAAGGUCAGAAGGGCGCACCGGGAACUACAGGCCAACAAGGUUUGAAAGGUUUCAAAGGUGCCACUGGCCAGAAAGGAGAGCUUGGGCAAAAAGGCGAUUUAGGUGCAACAGGUUCUACUGGUGAUAGAGGAAUGAACGGCACUAAAGGAGAUAAAGGUCAGCAAGGUAUCGCAGGCAUUGAUGGUCCCAAAGGUGAUAAAGGCAACAGAGGAUUGGCUGGUAGUAGCGGAAUACCAGGCCAAAAAGGAGAAGUUGGUGGCAAAGGAGAUAAAGGGGAAAAAGGUCCUAAAGGUGAUACCGGACCUAUAGGCCCUAAAGGUCCAAUUGGAGUGACUGGAUCAAAAGGUGAUAAAGGUGAAAAGGGUGAUAACGGUUUUACUGGAGACAAAGGCCCUCAAGGACCUCAAGGCCAAGCGGGUCAGCAGGGUUUUCAAGGAAAUAUAGGCCCGAAAGGCGAAAAAGGAGAUAAAGGUAAUGCAGGCCCACGAGGACCUAAAGGACCUCUAGGUAGCAAAGGUGAGAUUGGACCAACUGGGCCGAAAGGCGAAGAUGGUAGUAGUGAAUGUAAGGGAAUGCAAGGAGAUAAAGGACAACAAGGUGAUAUUGGUACUAAAGGAGAAACAGGCCUAGCAGGAUCAGUAGGUCCUAAGGGUGAUAAAGGUGCUACAGGUUCACAAGGUGCAGCUGGCGAAAAGGGAAAUACUGGAGGAACUGGGCCUCAAGGACCAAUUGGUGAUGGCUCAGGUCCCAAAGGUGAGCCUGGUGAGAAAGGUGCAACUGGCCCAAUAGGAUUGACGGGACCUAUAGGAUUUAAUGGAACUGAUGGGUUCGAUGGUCCGAAAGGUGAUAAAGGAGAAGAAGGUCUCUAUGGAAUGAAAGGAGAGAAAGGUGUACCUGGACUUAACGGUCGCGAUGGAACUAAUCCAGGGCCAAAAGGCGAUAAAGGACCAAUUGGCUUUCAAGGUGUUAAUGGAACUAAAGGAGAUCGAGGAGAGAAAGGCCAGAUUGGUAUUCAAGGCGACCCGGGUCCUCCUGGGUUUAACGGUUCUAAGGGCGAUACAGGGGCAAAAGGAGACAUUGGAUUGCAAGGAGAAAAAGGAGAAAAAGGUCAACGAGGUUUAAGAGGAUUAUCGUAUUAUAUGAAUGAAACUGGCUCGGUAUUUGUGCUCGAACAAGGAGAAAAAGGCAGCCCAGGCAUAAAAGGUGAUAAGGGAAAUACAGGAAUAAAGGGAGAUGUUGGACCUAUUGGCCCUCGUGGAUUUAAUGGCUCUAAAGGUGAUCUUGGCCCAAAGGGCGAAGUAGGACCGCAAGGUCCUCCUGGUAAUGAUGGCCCCAAAGGUGAUAAAGGGCAGAUUGGUACAACAGGCGAAAAGGGUGAAAAAGGUAAUCGCGGUCGACGAGGGGAUCCUGGUGGCCGUGGACAACCUGGAGAUAAUCAAAUCGGUGAUGUUAUGGCUAUACAUAGCCAAAGUACAACAGUUCCUCAAUGUCCCAGCCCUUUUACCACACUUUGGUCUGGUUAUAGCUUACUCUUUGUGGAAGGUAAUGGGCAGACUAUAGGUCAAGAUCUUGGCCGUAGUAGUUCUUGUCUAGAGCGAUUUACUACAUUGCCAUAUAUGUUUUGCUCAUUAAAUCAACGCUGCGAUAUUGCGACGAGAUUGGGCGUCAGUUAUUGGUUAUCUGCAUCUCUUGCUCCAUCUUAUGUACCCAUCUCUGGAUCCAACAUAGCCCCUUACAUUGGACGAUGCUCUGUUUGUGAAGCUAACGCUCCAGUUGCUGCAUUCCAUAGUCAAACUAGUACCGCUCCAAGCUGUCCAAAUGGAUGGCAGCAGUUAUGGGAAGGGUACAGCUACAUUAUGCAAACUGGCACUGGAAAUCAAGGUUCCGGCCAACAAUUACAAUCCCCUGGCUCUUGCUUACGUAACUUUAGAUCACAACCCUUCAUCGAAUGUAACUCUAGAGGAACUUGUAUUAACACCGUUGGAGGGCUAAGUUUUUGGAUGAAAGCCAUUAACGCAAGUCAGCAAUUCGAUCCUCCAACUCAACAAGUAUUAAGUGCAUCAGCGACUAGUUCUGAGAUCAGUAGGUGUAUAGUUUGCAAAAAAUCAACAUUUGGAAAUUAA